ACAUGGCAGCGUCUUCUCGGAGUCGACGUCUUCUUAAGCUGGGCCUGUCUACGGCAGCCGUUGGAACGCUCGGCGGAGGCUACGCACACGUGAAAGACACACCGUGGUGGUCCUCGCUGCCUCCCGUUCGCUUUGGCAGAGCUGCAAUUGCAGUCCUUCUAGCCAGCGCCGACUACAAGUGGAGUCUGAGGAACCUCGAGUACGGGACGGAUGAGUACCGCUCCACCAUGAAAGAGGUCCACCAGCGCUCGGCACUAAGGCUGAGACGAAUGUGCAGUCUCAACGGAGGUCUGUUUGUGAAGGUCGGGCAGCACAUUGCAUCCCUGGACUACCUGCUUCCACGUGAAUAUGUGAGCACCUUCAAGGUGUUCCACAGCAGUGCGCCCAGCACUCCACUGCUCAGACUCAAGAGAGUCAUCUUUGAAGAGUUCGGAGUCCCUGCGGAGGAGUUGUUUUCAGAGCUGGGUGAGCAGCUGGGCGUGGCAUCUCUUGCCCAGUGUCACCGUGGCGUUCUACACGACGGUCGAGUCGUGGCGGUCAAGAUACAACAUCCCGACGUCAGGAAGAACGGCUACACUGACAUGAGUGUGAUCGAUCUCCUAGUGUCCGGCGUGUCGUUUGUCUUCCCAAACUUCCACUUCCAGUGGCUGGCUCGAGAAGUGCGAGCCAACCUCCCCAACGAACUGGACUUCCAGCAGGAGGCCAGGAACCAGGAGAAGUUCUCCGCGAUGUUUAAACACCUCACCUUCAUCAAGGCUCCGCGUGUCUACUGGAGGUAUACCAGUACUCGGGUUCUCACAAUGGAAUUCUGCGACGGAGGCAAGCUGGACGAUCUGGACUACAUCGAGAAACACCAGCUCCCUGUCGAUGAGGUGUAGUGUGUAUGUGUGUGUUUCUCAUCUUCCACUAUGCUGAAGUUUGUUGAGCAAUAUUUUCGUUGAUUGGGACUUUGUGAAUCACCAAAACGAUGUGGCUGGACUGCUCUACUUUUCAAUUCAAGCCUGGUCAGAUUACAGCACCAACUCUUCUGGUUUGUUCAGAUCUCCCACAAGUUGGGACGGAUGUACAGCGAGAUGAUAUUUGUGACUGGGUACAUCCACUGCGACCCUCACCCGGGGAACGUCCUUGUGAGGAGACGCCGACUGAGUCGGAGAGAGAGGAGGGAGGGGAGAGGGAGGGAGGGAGAGGUCGAGAUUGUUCUACUAGAUCACGGACUGUACACUGUUCUCACGGAAGAGUUCAGAAUGAAGUACUGCAGACUGUGGCAGGCUCUCAUCAACAAGGACCUGGAGGCGGUCAGGAAGUACAGCGAACAGCUCAACGCAGGGCAGCUCUACCGACUGCUGGCGUCCAUGAUCUGUGCUCGAGCCUGGGACAGUAUUGCCAGUGGCAUCGACCAGGCCCCCAUGUCUCAGAAUGAGUUGAAGCGAAUCAGAACCAAUGCCCUGAUGUACCUGUCUGAGAUCACCCAGCUCCUCGACACAGUGCCGCGACAGCUGGUCCUCAUUCUCAAGACCAACGACCUCCUCCGCUCGGCAGACCACGUCCUCCGAGCCUCCAACCACAAACAGUCGUUACUCACCAUGUCAAAGUGCUGUCUUCGUGCCAUCGGGGACCACGAUAUACAGCGGUGUUCGUGGUGGGUCGGGCGAGUGUACGUGAGACUCAGGACCGGGUGGUCUGUACUGAUGGUCAGUAUCUACGAGCUCUGGCUGAACACUGCUAGAGCACUUGGCAUGGCGGCUCUGUAGCCUAUAUACCAGUGUAUGUGUGUCGAUGUGUC